UGCUCAAUGAUUCGCGUUAGAGUUUUCAAGAAUGUCGAAUGGCCAUUAAAACUUAGGUAAUUAGAUGAUGAGCCCACUGGAUGAUGUUUCAUUCCGUUGGUCGAGCUCUGCUAAUCGAAUCAUUCUGCAGCUUCUUCCCGGAUCUUCGCGUGCGUUCGUGUUCGUGUUAAAGUACUUCGGCUGUUCGAUUAAGUACGGUGAAAGUCGACUUUUUUAACGAGACUUUGAGAACGAGAAACUUGGAGGGAGAAUAUGCGGAAACUCCAAAUGUCAGUUACUUUCAGUUUGCGAGUCUCCAGACGUUGUUUUCCGCCUGCUGGCAGUCAUCGCGACGAGGAGUCGACGCUCUCUUCAUUGCAGUUGCAACGAAGCGCAGUAACAGCAUUUUCGGUGUUUUGAUUUCUUCUCAUUACUUCGAUCGUGUGCGCUUGAAAAAUGCUUUUUCUCUUUCAAUUAAUUUCUUAUCGUUUUUUCAAGUCAUGACCACUUCGGUAUGAAGCUUGCAAGUAAAAAAUAGUCGAUUUACAAAUUAACCAUCCCGAAGGAGAACAUUUUGCAGCAAUAAAGGAUACAGGAUUCCAUGAAAAUGAAGAGAAACCAAAACUAAAAAAAGUGCAUCGAGAAUCAGUGCGAUAGUGAACUCUGGAAUAAUUCAGUCCGGAAUAAAUGACCAGCCAUCCGAAUAUUUCCAACAAAUGAUAAGUUUUUCAGCGAAAAAAUGACACUCGCUGAAAAUCCCUCCGAUUUCAACAGCCUCGGUAAAAACGAAAAAUCAGCUGAGCCGAAUGAGACCACGUUCACACCGGUAUCGAAAUUGAGACAAUCCGUUCCUCAGAUAUGCGCGGUGAGCGCGAAAAAUUUGCUCCUCAUCACCAUCGGCACCACCAUAGGAUUCCCGACGAUUCUUCUUCCCGCGUUGCAGAAAAAAGACUCAGAAAUAUCCGUCACAGUCGAGGAUUUGACGUGGAUAGGCAGCAUCACCCUUUUUGCUGGACCACUAGGAUGCCUAGUGAGCGGACCAAUAUCCGAAUUCAUGGGAAGAAAAAAGGCGAUGCUCAUAUCGAAUAUUCCGUACACGAUUAGUUGGAUACUCCUUUACUACGCAGCGACACCGACGAUGCUCUACAUUCCGAUGGCACUGGGAGGGUUUAUCGGCGGCCUCAUCGAAGGGCCGAUAUUGACUUAUGUCUCUGAGAUUACCCAACCUCAUCUCCGAGGACCGUUGUCAGCUACAGCAUCAAUGGCUGUAAUCGUCGGCGUAUUUUUUGAAUUCGCAGCCGGAAGUUUCGUCGAUUGGAGAUACGUCGCUUUGAUAAAUAUUUUAUUUCCGGUUCUCUGCGCAAUUACACUCUCCAUGGUUCCGGAGAGUCCUUACUGGUUGGCUGGCAAAGGACGUGUGAAGGACGCCGAAAAGGCUCUCCGUUUUUUCCGGGGUUGGGUGAGUCCUUCCCACGUGCAAGACGAGCUCCAAACCGUGUUGAAUUCAGUAGGAAAUACUUCGGAUGAAAAAAAUUCGGAUAACGUGAAAAAGGAGAAACGUUGGGAGCCCUAUUUCAAGAUGAGCGUCGUCAAGCCGUUUCUACUGGUAAUAUCAGCCUUCGCCGGUGACGCUUUCGGGGGUUCAACCGUUGUUCAAACUUACGCGAUAUCCAUUUUCGAAGCGUUGAACUCACCGAUCGACACGUACAACGCAACUGUUUGUCUCGGCGUUGCCGAAGUCGCAGGCACUCUUCUCUGCGUCGGUCUCAUCCACUUUACCGGCAAACGAAAAAUAUCCUUCGUUUCGAUGCUCGGCACGGGCCUCUGCUACUUGGGCACAUCCAUUUAUUCGUUUCUCUUGAACAACGGUGAUAUCGAGCCUGAAUCAUGGACAUGGGCACCCACGACUUUGAUCAUUGGUUCUGCUCUCCUGUCGCACCUUGGCCUCAAAUUAGUGGCGUGGAUCCUCAUCGGCGAGGUCUUUCCUGCUACGGUUCGAUCGGGAGCGACUGGCGUCGCGGCAGCGGUUGGCUACGUGGUGUUUUCGAUAGCAAACAAAAUUUAUCUGUACAUGGUGGACGGUAUGAAAAUUUACGGAACGUUCAUGUUCUACGCAGUCAUUAAUUUCCUCACGUGUAUUCUCAUGUACUUCAUUCUGCCGGAAACCGAGGGCAGAUCGCUUCAAGAAAUUGAAGAGCAUUACGCCGGCAUCAACAAAAUUGCGAACAAACCGCGCAAGGAAGCUUUACCGUUCAAAGAAAAAUUCGCUGCGUCCAAUCCAGUGCCUGUCAACGACGAAACGGAGAGCAAAUUGUGAAUUUGUUGCACAUAACUGCACGGAAAUAAAUCCAAUGAUCUUUAUCGUGGAAUCGAAUUUUCGGGUUUUCAAAACCGCGCUAAAGUCAGCGAAUCUUCCACCAUCGAAGAUUCGACUACGUCGGUCGCCUCACCACCGACAAUCAUCGCUGGGGGAGCUCAAAACUACCUUCGGGACUGAAGAUAAAAGGGUGUCGUUGGGACUCGUUCGAGAAGAAAAUAACUUUACUGUAGAAAUAUUUUAAAUGUUCAUGGCCAAUGCCAGAAAAUAUUUCCAGGGCUGAUCUUCAUUUGCUCAGCUUCUUCAAGGAUUCAUUUUUCUUGAAAAAUAUUUUCAAUGUUUUGUGAGGCUUGUAGUGAGGACCACGAAUCUUCGAUUGCAAUUAAAAAAUUGUACACGACCUUGAUCUCCUUUCAUGGAGAUCAGAGUGUCGAAAUUUUUUUCUCAACGAGACCAUUACAUUUCCGCUUUGAGAAGAAUGAAAAAAAUUCGAAAUUUCUCGAGCUGAAAGUCCAAUGCAAUUUCUCGAUGUCAGCAUAAACGAAGAAUGGACCAGAAAAUGGUCGAGAUUUUUUUUUUAAUUUCUAGUUUUAGGAAUAAAAUGUAUUUGCCUCAAUCUUUACUUUCUUUUGAAAAUCACGUAAAAUGACAGUACAUUUAUUGGUGUUGAUAGUAAAAAGUGGACAAAGAAUCUAAAACUCCCAAAAAGUACAAUAGUUUCUUGGCAACCAUCACAGUUUGAAAUAUUCCAUGAGUUGGAAUGACGAAUCCGUGCUACUCCGAGAGAUUUUGGAUUCACCAGGUAUCGUGACAAAUCACGCUGUAAAUAUGAAGGAUUUUGGAAAGUUUAAUGAGAAAAUAAAAAAUGAAGAUUUAGGAGAAAUAAAUAUCUCACGCAGAAUCA